AUGGAUUUCGACUUCAGUUCUUCAUCAUGCGCCGGCGGUUACUACACUAGUGCUCCGUCGAGCCCCACACGACUGACAGAGUUGUAUUGCGGGUUCGAUGAGUUGUUAAUCUCCGCAGGAACUCACCGGAGUAGUUCUCUUGCCACCGUUCCAUUUGCUUGGGAAGAGAAACCCGGCGUUCCAAAGGCAUCCGCAAACUUACUUGAAGAUGAUUUUUCAUUUGAUGUAAGUUUCCAUCUCCCCAGGGAUUCAAUCUCGGCUGAAGAUUUAUUCCACGGUGGCAUAAUCAAGACCGUUGAUCCUCCCCGAGAGAGGGCGACAGAGAGAGAAAGAGGACGAGAGAGAGGCGUUUCUCCUUCUUCUUCUCGUUUACCUUCAUCGAGAAGUAGAAGAACAAGAUCGAUGUCUCCAAUCGGGGGCUCAGAUAAUCGUCGUCAGCAACAACCAAUAGCCAUGGAUACAAAACCACCAUCCAUUUCAGUGUCUUCCAGUACUCCUGAUUGUUCGUCGGAAAAUGGGUCGAGAAAAUGGAGUUUCAGGGAUCUGUUCCUGUUCAGAAGUGCUUCAGAUGGGAGAGCAAUGGACAAAUACCCUUUGAAGAAAUACUCAACCAUCUUCAGGAAACAGGAUCAAGAUUUUAGUAACUCAUCCAAAUCUGGAUCCAUUUCAAAGAGAAGGGGACAGGUGUCGGCUCACGAGCUACAUUACAAUAUGAACCGGGCAGUUGCGAAUGACAUGAAGAAGAAAACAUACUUGCCAUACAAACAAGGCAUUUUAGGAGGACUGUCAUUCAAUGCAUAG